GUAUUGUUAGAUGAUUUUUUUUUAUAAAAAAAUAAAUAAAAGAGUUGAAAAAGAGCAUUGAGAAGUGAGGAGGGAUUAAUUUGGGUUGGUAAGUAAAUGCCAAAAUGGGAGUGGAAAAUGCAAUAACGCUUCUCACACGCGUAGCCAAUCCCUGCUCCUUAAGCUUUUGCUCAGACUUCACCUCCCUUAAUUACGAGCUUAUCUUUGGAAUCAUCUCUCACUUUUCCACUUUUUAACACCAAAUUUUUGUUUUGUCACUUCUCACUUUAACCCUCUCUCUCUCCAUUUACUCAUCUUUGCCCGCCAACUACUCACUCUCUCUUCUCAUGUCGCCGGAAAAACUCAGAAAUGGUGGCGAGAUCCCCAUCCCCCUAGCCUCCCACGACGACGUCGUCAAGGAUCGAACCCUCUUCUUCAACACCCUCAGAAGCUUCCAUUUUGCUCUCGCCUCCAAAUUUCUGAUUCCUGUGAUCGGAGGGAAGGAGCUCAAUCUGCAUGUGCUCUAUGUUGAAGUUACCAGAAGAGGCGGCUACGACAAGGUGGUGGCGGAAAAAAAAUGGAGAGAGAUAAGCGCAGUGUUCGAUUUGUCGCCGACGACGACGAGCGCCUCGUACGCUUUAAGGAAACACUACUUCACUCUCCUUCAUCGUUACGAGCAGGUUUACUUCUUCAGGACUCAACCCGCCUUGCUCAAUCACACAGGCCCUCCUUCAUUCCAUGCUGUAGGAACAAUCAAUGCCAAAUUCGACUGCGGUUACCUGAUUUCAGUUAAGUUGGGAAAUGAGACGCUCAAUGGCGUGCUAUACCACCCGGGCAAUCCAGGUGGUGCUGCCACAGCCCCUCCAACGUGCACUGCCCUCGUGCCUUAUACUCCGGUGCUUCAUCAACCAGGUCGUCGGACAAGAAGGAGAAGGUUGGGUGACCCGGGCCGUCCCAAACCCAACAGGAGUGGCUACAACUUCUUUUUCGCAGAGAAACACUCGGCGCUCAAAUCUCUCUACCCAAAUAGGGAAAGGGAGUUCACCAAAAUGAUAGGCGAGUCGUGGAACAAACUCUCCCCUGAAGAAAGAGUGGUUUACCAGAACUAUGGCUUAAAGGAUAAGGAAAGGUACCAGAAGGAAUUGAAAGAGUAUAAGGAGAGGUUGAAGAUGGGGCAAACCUUGUUGAGCUCUACCAAUAUCUGACAAUCAACAAGUCCAAGACUACAUUUUUCAUUCAUCUUGUGAUAGAAUUUAAGUCUAUAACUGAAACAUACCUGCAGAGAUAGACUUCUUUCCUAAGUUUUUCAAUCCUCAUGGAAAGGUUCUAGAUGUUAUACAUCAGUUGAUAGAAACUCUUUCUUUAGUCCAGCUCAAUUGUGGCAUUCAUAUGGGCUAGGCUCGUCUGCUUUGCUGCCAUGCUCCAGCUAAGUAUACUAGUAUAAAGCAAAGAACUAUUACAUCUAUGCUAUGUGUUUUAAAUUA